AUUAGAUUGUUGAACAUUCAGAUCUGAGCUCUCUCCAUUUGUUGUUCUCGUCUCUCUCAAGAAAUACAACGGAUGGAUGCCCUAGAUUCCGUAUUCGAUCCAUUAAGAGAGUUCGCCAAGGACAGCGUUCGCUUGGUCAAGAGGUGCCACAAGCCCGAUCGCAAAGAAUUUACGAAGGUGGCGUUCCGGACGGCGAUUGGAUUCGUGGUGAUGGGAUUCGUUGGCUUCUUCGUGAAGCUGAUUUUCAUCCCUAUCAACAAUAUCAUCGUCGGAUCUGUUUGAGGUCAUGGGAAAAUGAAGCUGCAAAAUACACAGGGAGGAACGGUUCACUUUCUGUAGGAAAUUUUCCUUUUGAGAAUAGUUAAAUUUCUGGAGAACUAGCCUUCUGUUUUGUUUUUAAAACUUUUCUUACUGAUAUAACAGUCUCUGCCCCUUUUUUGUUCGGUGCUGUUGUUAGUUGGUUGACUUUUUUGCUGGUCGUUUUUCAUUUUGGGGUAAGUCAAGUGAAAAACACUCUUGUUCUGAUGAUUGAAACUCUCAACUUUCCAUUUGGAAGAGAAAGAGAUGCCACUUCGGUGGUUAAAUGGACCAAUUUCAUUGCAUGAACCAUUGCAAUGUCAUAUUGGUUGCUAGAUGAUGAGUUUAAUAAAACAGAAUACUUGUAGUUUCGUUCCUA